GGGUUCAGUUUUCUCCGAACCGCGACCGGGCUAGGGUAGUCGCAGCAAGCGGUGCCUUUUCCAUUCUGUUCAAGCUCCCGCGCGUACUUAGAUCGCGCCGUCACUGUGCCAACGGACAACAUCGAGCUGGUGCUGUGUUGUUUUUGGGAGAAAUUGUAAGAAAGAGAACUUAAAACCGAUGGAGAACGUGAGAUAGUGAAAGAAGUUCUUUAAAUGAGAGAGACAAGAACUGCACCAGCGGCUUUUAUAGCAGUAUCCAGUAUCCGCUGUAAAACCUCUACGUUAAGGAAUAACCGUGAGCAAAACAGUCUACAGCUAAAUUUAGCUCCGUGAAAGUGAAACGUGUGUGUGUUCGUGAAGUGAUAACAAUUGAGCCCAAGUCCCGCCAAUGCAACAAACAUGAGCACCCAGAAGAGUGAAAUUCGUACCGAAAGUAAUCGUCCUGUGGCCACGAACAACGUCAGCAAUCCGACCGCCGCGAUGGCAGCGACGGCACUGGCAAUUACGACCACCACGUCCAGCUUCAGCUGCUGUCCGGCGAACGGUGAAAGUUCGUCGAUCGACGAUUCGAUCGAGCUGAACGAUAGACAGGAAGGUGGCAACAACAACACGCUGUACCAUAACGGGUUGCUCGAGAAGCAGGACUAUCACUUCCCGAAGCGCCCACCGGUAGACAUCGUGUUCCGCGACAUUCGCUACGAGGUGAAGCGCUUCAACAUCGCCAAAGCCAAGUUCGAAUCGAAAGAAAUUCUUCACGGAAUUAAUGGUGCGUUUAAGUCGGGUGAGCUGACAGCUAUUAUGGGCCCAUCGGGAGCUGGCAAGAGUACGCUGCUGAACAUCAUGGCAGGUUAUGUGUCAGCGGGUGUGAGCGGUAUGGUGCAGGUGAACGGGAAAAGCCGGUCCCACAACUCGGAAAGCUUCCGGAAGCUGUCCUGCUACAUCCAGCAGCACGAUGCCCUGCGACCCUGGCUGACGGUGACGGAGGCCAUGACCUGUGCCACCCAUCUGAAGCUCGGCUUCGGCAUUGCGAUGGCCGAGAAGCGCAAGCUGAUCGAGAAGAUUCUGUUUAUGCUGGGGUUGGAGCAGAAGGGCAACACACCGACGAUGGGACUGUCCGGGGGGCAGAAGAAGCGGCUCGCUAUUGCGCUGGAGAUGAUCAGCAAUCCACCGAUUCUGUUUCUGGACGAACCAACGACCGGGCUGGACAGUUCAUCGUGUGCGCAGUGUAUAUCGCUGCUGAAGCGGUUGGCCCAAGAUGGACGCACGAUCGUCUGCACGAUCCAUACGCCGAGUGCGCUGCUGUUCGAGAUGUUCGAUCAGCUGUACACGGUGGUCCAGGGACAUUGCUUCUAUCAGGGCCCAACGAAGGAGAUGCUACCGUUUUUGGGCGAUCUUGGCUAUCACUGUCCCAGCUAUCACAAUCCAGCCGAUUUCAUGAUGGAGAUUGCGGUCGGAGAGUAUGGUGCCGAUGUCGGUAAGGUGAUCAAGGCUGCGCUCAAGAAAUAUUACGAAAUCAGCAGCCGCUGCAUCGAGCUGGAUUCGACGUUCGACGAUAACGUAAAAAUGAUGGAGUCCUACUCGAUCGGUGGCAAGGCGGAAGAGAUGUGCAAGCUCCAGAAACAGAACGAAGCGACCGACAACUCGUCGUACGAGGAAGGGGACAUCUUUUCGAAGACGAAACCGGCCUCGUUGGUAAUGCAGUUCCUGCUACUGUUCUACCGGAACCUGCUGAUGACCAGAAGGAAUUAUUUCCUUCUAUUCUGUAGAAUCUUUGCCCACGCCACGGUAGCCACACUGUUCGGCUAUCUUUACAGUGGCGUUGGUCCUAACGCGAACCAAGUGUUGGCGAACUAUGUGUACCUUUACGGAUCGAUGCUGAUGAUGGUGUACACCGGGAAGAUGGCCGUGGUGCUUUCCUUUCAAAUCGAGAUGGAAUCACUGAUGCGGGAGCACUUCAACCGUUGGUACAAGCUGGGUCCUUACUUCCUGUCCGUGCUGGUUCUCGAGAUCCCGGUACAGAUCUUUUGCUCUCUAAUCUACGUGGUGAUCAGCUACCAUCUAACCGGUAACUACGUGAACUUCGAGCGCUUCUGCAUAUUCGCGCUGUUCUGCGUCGCCGGUUCGAUCUGUGCCCAGUCGUGGGGUUUCUUCGUUGGAGCAACACUUUCGGUUAAGCUCGCCGUUUUCAUCGGACCCAUUCUGGCGGUACUGUUCUCCGUGUUUGGGUUCUGCACCCGGUACAUCGACAUUACGCCCGUGUUCAAAUGGAUGUGGCACAUCAGCUACUAUCGGGCAAGCUUCCACGGCAUACUGAACUCGGUGUACGGCAUGAACCGGGACGAUCUGCACUGUCCGGAGACGCAGAUCUACUGUCACUUUAAGAACCCGGUCCUGUUCCAGAAGGACAUGGACAUCGAGCACGUGGACAUGCAGUCGAACUUUGUGCUGAUAAUGCUGAUCAUUAUAACGAUGUACAUUAGCACCGUGUUUGUGCUGUGGUACAAGCUUAACAAGCGCUACAAGUAUGAACAGCUGCCUAGCCCGAUGUGCCCCGGAUCCCAUCACGGCGAAUGCCGCGACCACGAUUCCAUCAGCUUUGUUGCGCUUCGCGGAUCAGCUGAGCCGCUUAGUAUUCUCCGAGAGCUAGUGCCUUACACAUUCUUGUGCCAAACAAAAAAAAAACAAGUGGUGAAGAAAAUGUCGGAAGAAUCGUACGAAAUGAGCACCAGUGCUGUGGAUCCGGCUGGAGCAUCCUCGGCCGGUGUUGGAAGUCGCCGGGCCGGUGCACCAAACCUCGAACCCUUGCACAUACCCGCAGCACCGGCGGUGGAGCAAGAAAUCGCCGCACCGUCGCUGAUUGCCGCACGGCUCUUCAAACCGGUCACCGUCAGCUUCAAGAACCUGUCGUACUCGGUACGCAAUGGAAUAUUUCGCAAAGGUCGGGACAUACUGAAAGAUAUCAGCGGAGAAUUCCGGGCCGGAGAGCUCACCGCCAUCAUGGGACCGUCCGGGGCGGGCAAGAGCACUCUGCUGGAUAUUUUGGCGGGCUUUACUGAGGGUGGCUUCACCGGAGAAAUUCUCGUCAACAAACAUGCCCGUGACUUGAAACGAUUUCGACGACUGUCCGCGUACAUUAUGCAGGACCAUGAUCUGCAGCCCCAUCUGACCGUGCUGGAGGCGAUGCACUUUUCCGCCAAUCUCAAAAUCGGAGCCGAACUCAGCCCAGCGAGUAAGAAAAUUCGCAUGAACGAAAUACUCCGCGCGAUCGGGCUGUACGAGGCGAAGAAAACACGCACGGGAAAGUUAUCCGGAGGUCAGAAAAAGCGGCUAGCGAUCGCACUGGAAAUUGUGAACAAUCCGCCGGUAAUGUUUUUCGACGAACCGACGAGCGGCUUGGACAGCUCCACCUCGACGCAGUGUGUCGCACUGUUGAAGCAGCUGGCCCGCGAAGGUCGCACCAUCAUCUGCACGAUCCAUCAACCGUCUGCACUGCUGUUCAACAUGUUUGACCAUCUGUAUGCGGUGGCGGAGGGCGAAUGCAUCUACACCGGCGGCACGGGAAACAUUGUCUCGUUCCUGAAGGAGCUCGACAUCGUCUGCCCGGAGCAUUACAAUCCCUCCGAUUACUUGCUCGAGAUAGCAACGCACGACUACGGCCGCCUGAACGAUGAUCUAGUCGAGAAGAUGAUGAACGGCCAGAGCAACUUUUACCGCAAUCCAGAACCGUUCUCACCGUCGUACGAAAGUAAGCUGAUGCCAAUCAAAGAAUCGUCCCCGGAGGGACCGAUGGUACUGCUCGAGAUGCCAUUGUUUCCCGAGAACGAUCCCAACCGAGAGCGACCAGUAUCGCCCGUGCUAGCGAAACCAAAGAAGCUUGCCAAAAAGCUUUCCUUCAAUCCGGAACGAUGGUGUGGGCGGGACGAGAUCUACACGACCAGCUUCUGUAGACAGUUUUCGUUACUGCUGCUACGCACAUUUCUCAUACUGAGCCGCGAUCGUUCGCUGAUGACGAUGCGGUUCGCGAUCCACUGUCUCAUUGCGCCACUGAUCGGGAUGCUGUACUUUGGCAUCGGGAAUCAGGCGGGACAGAUCUUCAACAACUACAACUACGUGUUCUUCUCGAUCAUGUUUCUGAUGUUUACCGCGUUCAGCUCAAUGACGAUGGCUUUUCCUCUCGAGUUGCCGAUCAUUACGCGCGAGCACUUCAACCGGUGGUACUCGUUACGGGCCUACUACAUCGCCAUGACGGUAGCGGACAUUCCGAUACAGCUGCUCUGCACCGUCACGUACAUCGUCAUCACGUACUACAUGACCGGCCAACCGCCGGAAGCGUUCCGCAUCGGGCUGUUUACACUGAUCUGUCUCAUGGUCGCCUGGGUUGCGCAAGGACUCGGUCUGCUAGUUGCAUCACUGUUCGACGUGAAGAACGGUGCAGUGUUUGGGCCGUUCUUCAUCUGUCCGUUCCUGAUAUUCUCCGGGUUCUUCAUUCACCUGACCGAUGCGCACCCGGUCAUGCACUGGCUGUUUCACAUCUCGUUCCUUAAGUACGCGCUGCAGGGUGCGGCCAUGGCCAUCUUCGGCUACGACCGGCCCCGGAUGGACUGUGACGAGACGUACUGUCACUUCGUGUUGCCAAAGAAGUUCCUCAAGGAGAUCGACAUGCUCGAGGCGGAUUUUGUCGAGGCUGUGAUAGCGCUUAGUGUGAUAUUUUUCGUCUUUAGGGUAUCGGCCUUCUACGUGAUGCAGUACAGGAUGAAGAAUAAAAUUUAGAGCGGGAACACUGGUCGCGGACACCUACAGAGGGCCACCCAGUCAGGCGAACGGGGAGAAGGUGUCAGCUCGUUCGCUUUACUUCGCUCAACUCACAUUCCGUCGCGUAAUGAUGCUUCCGUCGAAAAGCGUAGGGCAUUCGAAACAGAGUCCAGUACGCACACAGUGGCAGUGGGCAAAAUAAUACAAAUUUUACGUAGAUGGUAGUACGCUCGGAUGGGAGCGUAACGAUGGUUUUUUUGUUGGUUUAUCGCGGUGCAUGUAAGCGCUUGGGGGGCUCGUUUUUGCUUGUCGCAGAGUGUAGCAUUUAAGGAAACGGAGAAGGCUCGUCCUCGUACCAUUAUGAGGUCAGAUUUCAGGAUGUACGUUGCGAGUGUACCACUCACGAGACACAUACCCGCACGGGGGGAGAAAAAGGUAAUCCAAAAAAGGAGACAGGAAGGCAGGUUGGAAUGGUUCGCUUUCUUGCUUCAUUGAGGGGCGUAAUAUAUUCUAAGCUAACGUUUUGCAGUAAUCUUGUGAUAUGUAUGUAAAUAGGGCUAUGUAAAGCGCGUAAAUAUAACACCUCUACGAAUGGUUUGAA